CAAAAGUAGAUCUAAUUUUUGGAAUAUUCUUGUUUGAAAUUUUUUAUAAAAACUUUUUAUUAUUUUUAUCAAAUAAAUUGAACAAUGAAGUUAUAUUCUGUUAGAAUCAUAAGUUUGGAUUCUUGUAUGAGUGCUCCUGUUCAAGGUCUAGAUGUAAUGUAUUCUGAUUUUAGAGGAUCUUCAAUAAACCAAGUUCCUAUUUUGAGGUUAUUUGGAUCUAUACCAACAGGUGAAAAAAUUUGUGUUCACAUUCACGGUGUUUUUCCCUACAUUUAUAUUCCUUAUGAUGGUAUCCAGGAAGCAAAUAGUUUGAUGUACAGAAUUGCUGCUAGUAUAGAUAAAGCUGUUAAUAUUUCCUUGAAACAGGCUUCAUCCAAUGCUCAACAUGUAUAUAAAAUAACUUUGGUUAAAGGCAUACCCAUGUAUGGGUAUCACCUAAGGGAGCACCAGUUUUUUAAAAUAUAUUUGUAUAAUCCCCUACUUGUUCGCAAAGUCGCCAGUCUUUUGAUGAAUGAAUCUACUCUUGGUAAACUAUAUCAACCCCAUGAGGCCCAUUUGAAUUUCACUUUACAAUUUAUGAUUGAUUUCAAUUUGCAUGGCAUGAGUAGCAUGGUGGUAUCUGAAAUAAAAUUCAGAAGGAAUCCUGAUAACCCAUCUCAAAAUAUUAAUGCGGAAGAUCUUCUCCCAGCAACAGUUAUAAAAAAUACAGUUUGUGAACUUGAAGGGGAUUGUUUGGCAGAAAAUAUAGUAAAUAGAGAAGAGAUCUCUUCAGGCAAUAUAGCAGCUAAUCCAGGAAUUUCAUCUCUUUGGGCAGAUGAACAGCAGAGAAGAAGAAAUAAAGGAGAGAGUUCACAAAUUGACCAUUUAUUAGAAUUAAACAGAACACAUAUUGAGCCAACAAAGUCACAUUCAGUGUAUAAACAGGCUUUGAGAGACAGAUUAUCUAUGUUAUCUACAGAAAGGAAUAUUGUUGAAAAAAUAAACUCAUCAGUAUAUCCAGCGGAAACACCUGAAAACUUAACUAUUAAAAAUGCGUCCAUGAUAGAGUCCGAAACUCCGUCUAGCUUGGAACUCAGUUUGAAUGACAGUUCUUGGAAUGACUUGGAUGAAACAACAAAACCAUCUCCAGACAUCGAUGUUAAUAUGACUUUAGAUCAAGAUGCUUUGAAUCUUUUAGAAUUGUUGAAUGAAUUAGGAGAGGAUGCUGUAGAAGACAGCAUACUGACUCAAGUAGUUAAAGAAGAUGAUGAGGAGAAAGAUUUAGAUCUCAGUAUGCCUUUAGAAGCAGUAACGACUCCUCAUAAAAUAGUUUCAUCUAAUAAUGAUAACUUUGAAGGAAGUGAUGAUGAUAUGUGGAAUACUACUCUCAUUCCUCAAUUAGAUGGAGAAAGUGAAGAGAUUAUGAAGAACUUGACAACUGAAGAGUAUCUUUCAUAUGGAAAGAGGGGGUUUAACAAUAAUGACAUCUGUUCUGUUAAUAUCAAAAAUUCCCCAGCACGAAAACUGAGAAAAAAAGCUGUGUUCAUUAAAGUAGUGACAACAAAUAAAGCAGGAAGAGAUAUGCCAGAUCUAGAUGAAAUAUCUGAAAUAGAUAACGAAGGGACAAACUUAAAAAAUACUUCAUCUUCAAAACUUCAGGCAAAACCUAAAAAAUCUGUCAGAUUCAAAAGGCCGCUGAUGACUGUAAUUGGUGAGAGCAGAAGAACUAAAUAUAAGAAAAAGAAACUAACUAGAAAGGAACUGAAAGAAAGAUCAGUUAGAAAAACAGAAGAAGAGGUAAAAAGGCUUGGAAAUAGAAUAAAAAAAUUAAGCAGGCAAGACCAAAUUAUUAUGAUCAUGCGAAAGCUUCACAAAAAAGAAAAGAGAUUAAUUCUGGACAUAAAUGCGAGUGGAGUACCCAAAUUUAGGGUUCUUUCCAAAGAUGAUGUUAAAGCACCAUAUCCUUUGAGAAGAAACGUUUAUGAGACGGAAUUUUCCAAAAUCAAAAUUAUCAGCGACAUAAUUGUAAAGACAGCCAAUUAUGUUGAUCCCAGUUUACAUUUAAGAAUCAAAUAUCCAAAUCACUGUUGUUAUCUGUAUGAUUACAAUAAAAAAAAUAUUCCUGAUGUCAUAAGAAUUCCUCGAAAAAUUUGUCAAAGUAAAAAUGAAAAUGAUAUGAAUACAUUUAUUAAACAGAAUAUUAACCAAAAUGAGAAUGUAGAACAAUUUGAAAUGGAGCAUCAUUUCGAUGAAUUGUUAAUAACUGAAAGUUCUCCUCGGAAAGAAAGUACCAACAAAAAUCAACCUUAUUUACUUACUAAUGAAUAUUCCAUGGACGUCAAAGAUCAGUCUUCAGUUGAUAAUAUACAUAUUCAGACCAUGAAACGUUUCAAGGAAACUGCCGCAAGUCUUACCAAACAAUUACAUCAGCACUUAGAAUUGCUUAGGACACCUUUGAUUAGUUUUGAUGACAAUAAUAAUAUUAGUUUCUCUAGUGAUGAAGAACGAGCUUCUGUGCUCAACAAAAUCAAAUGCCUUAAUCGAGGGAGUUCAAAAGAUAUCCGAUAUAGUAAUGUUGAAAACUUGAUUGAGCAGAAUUCACACAAACAAAGUACAAGUAUGCCUAUAAUGUGGUCAGAAAUAGAAAGUAUUGAAAAAAAGGAAGUUGAAUCUAGUGACCAAUUCGAAAGUAAUAAAACUCUUAAUUUAAACUGUGAUGAAGAGGAUUCAUUAAGCAAAAUUUCCAAGAAUAAUUUUGGUUGUGGUAAUAAGUUCUGUCUGGAUAGAGUAGUAAUAUUAAGUUCUUCCUCCACAGAUAUUACUCUCUGCAGAAAAGUAACAGAUUUAAAGGAACCCAUAAUCGAACCUGUAUUAAUAAGAAGAUCGGAACGAAUUCGUGCCAUACAAAACAAAAACGUUAUUUUUUCUUUAGAUGGUACUGUAGAUUCCUGUUCUUCAGAUGAUGAAAGAACUGAACGUAAACGCAAAAAAUCUUUGAAGGGAACGCCGUCUAGGGAAUCUCGAAGGUAUAAGGCGUUGCCGAUAUCAGUUAAUAAAUCUCCUAAAGUUCAGAUUAACCCGGAGAGAUCAGAGCUGCACUUUCCGUCUUGGAUGGUUACAGGUGUUCUUAGAGGAUCAGAAGAGCAUCUCCUGCCUGGUGGUUUCCAAAAAGAUGCGACUCUGUUAGACCCGAAACCCAUACAUACUCCAGUCUGUGAUAUAAACGUAAAACGUCAACUUUUCACCGAGGAUUCUCCAUUAAACUCAACUAGGAUUGAAGAAAAACUAGUGUGUCGCCAUGUUUCAGUCGCCAAAAGAAAUUGUAUUACUCAGAAAAUUCCAGAUGAAGGUGAAUCUGAAAAGUCAAGUUCGAGUAUUUUCAGCUCUGACGAUGACUGUAAUGAAAUGUCAUUCUUCAACCCUCUGGAUAUCCAAGAAAAUCAAACUUAUACGACGCCAGCCGAAAAGUACGACAAAGAAAAUAACUAUGUCGCUAAAGAGGGGUCUUCUAAAAUGUUCACUCCACUCCAAUCGCAAACAGAUCCUCCUGAUAUUCACAUAUCAUCUGGGAGUUCAGGUUCGGUACUGAUUACACCUGGUCAAAGAUUUGUGAGCGACGAUGAGGAUCUGACUAAAAAUAGUACUGCUGUUAUAGAGAAACAUUUCCAAAUUAAUUAUUUAUCUUCUAACUCUGUUACUAACAGUAACUCUUCUUCAAAUAUCAGCAUUACGACAAAUAAAAAAGGACCUAGUAAACGUGAAGUGGUGGAAUCCAUGGAAAAGUACGGGAUUGCUCAUGUUAGACAGCAGGUACCAUUUUACAGCAAUGUAGAAGAUGUCGCAGGAAGCAUCGAAGUGGGAUUCAACAUUCUAAAAAUAAGCAGUCUAACAACAGCACAUCUUCCGGAAUUUGAAUCACAGACUGAUAGUUUGAAUAUUUUCAGGAAAAAUAAGUUGGACAUUUUAUCAUCUACCUUGCAGUGGAGUUCUUCGAGUAUAAAAACAAUGAUACUCAGUUUUUGUAAGGACAGAGAAUGUAUUAUUACUCCUGUUAAAAGAACUCCAACAACUAAAGAGGUAUUAAAUUGGUUGAAGGAAAAGGCCGUGAACGACGUUAUAAAAGAAAAAAAUAUAGAGAAAAGAACCAAAAUUCAUUUGCCUUUGAGCCCAAGAAAUGAAGGAAAAGAUGAAGAAUACGAUUUGGAUAUGAGUCUAACUUUAACUCCUUGUACUCCUAGCAAUUCCCAGGACAGUUCCAAAGCAGCAGAACGUUCAGCUGAUUCAGCGAGUCCUGUUUUUGGCAAAGAAUGUAAGGCAAGAAAAAAAGAAAUUUUCAAUAAGACUUUGAGAACGCCUCUGUUUCCUUCCCAGGAAAGUUCCAUAAACCAUUCUUGUCAAAUUACUGGUUUAAUGGUAAAUCAUAGCUUCGAAAAGUCAGCACGCAACCUGCAGGAUGCUCGUGCUGUCUUGGAACACCAAAACAUAACACUACUUGUUAUGGAACUACACAUCCGUACACGAGGAGAUUUUAAGCCAGACCCAAAUCAUGAUUCAAUAAGAGCUAUAUUUUACACAAUACAUCACGAUGUACCUGAGCCUAGUAAUAAAGCAAAAACGUGUAAGGGUGUGAUAGCAAUCAAUGAUUUGCCUCUCAGUUCCGGGGUUUCCAAUACUCCGAUUUUGAAUGGUAUUGGACUAGAUUGCAAUAUUGCUUACGUGGAUUCCGAAGAGAAUUUAUUCGAUGAAUUUUUGAAGGUCAUUGCUUACUGGGACCCAGAUAUUUGCGCAGGUUAUGAAAUUGAAUUAUUAUCGUGGGGUUAUCUCAUGGAUAGAGCAAGUCACAUGGGAAAAAACAUUAAAAAUUUACUAGGUAGAACACAAAUCAACAACCUAAAAUGGAAAGACGAAGAAGCUCCGAACGAACUUAAAAUAACAGGUAGAAUAGUUUUAGAUGUAUGGAGGUUGAUGCGGCAUGAAAUUUCACUUCAGAGCUAUACAUUUGAAUCGAUUAUGUUUCACGUACUACAUAAAAGGGAACCAUAUUAUUCGUUUAGAGAUUUAUCAUUCUGGUGGGAUCACCGAUCCAACUUGUACAGGUAUAGAACUGUCAAAUAUUACAUCACCAGGGUUACAGCCAUUAUUGAUCUUUUUGACAAGCUGGAUUUCAUUGGAAGGACAAGCGAAUUGGCAAGGUUAUUUGGCAUUCAGUUCUUUGAAGUCCUAUCAAGAGGAUCACAAUUUAGGGUAGAAUCAAUGAUGCUCAGGCUAGCAAAACCUUUGAAUUUCAUUCCUGUUUCUCCUAACGUACAACAGAGAGCUCAAAUGAAAGCUCCUGAGUUUAUAUCCCUCGUAUUAGAACCAGAAUCCAAACUCUAUAAUGACCCUGUGAUAGUUCUGGACUUCCAGAGCCUGUACCCAUCAAUAAUAAUUGCUUAUAACUACUGUUUCACAACGUGCAUUGGCAGAGUUCAAAGUUUGGGAAAGAAUGGACCUUUCGAAUUUGGGGCUACACAAUUGAAAAUUUCGAGGAAGUUAUUGAGGAAAUUACUUGAAAAAGAUUCACUGAAUUUUUCACCGUGUGGGGUAGGAUUUGUGAAGAAAAAGGUUCGAGAUGGAAUAAUGCCAAGGAUGUUACGAGAAAUAUUGGAUACUAGGCUCAUGGUGAAAAAUUCAAUGAAGGAAAAUAAGGAAGAUAAAAUUUUGCAGAAAGUUUUACACAGUAGGCAACUUGGACUCAAACUCAUUGCUAACGUUACUUAUGGGUAUACUGCAGCAAACUUUAGUGGAAGGAUGCCAUCUGUCGAAGUUGGAGAUAGUGUAGUAAGUAAAGGAAGAGAGACCCUCCAAAGAGCUAUUGAAAUGGUUGAUAGUACUCCCGAGUGGGGCGCAAAGGUAGUCUACGGUGAUACUGACUCCUUAUUUGUGCUGGUACCAGGACAAAGUAGGGCACGGGCAUUCGAAGUUGGCAAACAAAUUGCCGAUGCCGUUACAAAGGCCAAUCCAGAUCCUAUGAAGCUCAAACUCGAGAAGGUCUAUCAACCCUGUAUUUUACAAACCAAGAAACGGUACGUAGGUUAUAUGUUUGAGAGCAUCGAUCAGAAAGAACCAAUAUAUGAAGCGAAGGGAAUUGAAACUGUUAGAAGAGAUGGUUGUCCAGCUGUCAGCAAGAUGCUCGAAAAAUGUCUGCGUCUCCUUUUUGAAACCAAAGAUGUUAGCUUGGUGAAAAAAUAUGUUCUGAAACAGUUCAACAAAAUUUUUUCUGGUCGGGCCAGUAUUCAGGAUUUGACUUUCGCCAAAGAAUAUCGAGGUGCAGCAGGGUAUCGACCAGGAGCAUGUGUGCCAGCCUUGGAACUGACCAGGAAAUGGACUGCAGUGGACAAGCGAAAUGAACCAAGAAGCGGUGAACGUGUGCCAUAUGUUAUAAUAAAUGGUCCUCCUGGAUUACCUCUGAUUAGGUUAGUGCGAAGUCCUCGGGAUUUACUCAACGAUAGCUCCUUGAGACCUAACGCUCUUUAUUACAUUACUAGGGUUAUAAUACCACCAAUAAACAGAUGCUUCAAUUUGAUUGGAGCUGACCUACAUACUUGGUUCAAUCAGAUGCCCAGGAAAGUAACUCAAUACCUCAGUAGCUCAGUGUCUCCAAAAAAGAAAAGCACCAUUUCCCAAUAUUUUUCAACAUACAUGUGUGCUUGUUGCGGGGAACAAACUCAAAUGGGAAUAUGUCAGAACUGCUGUUGCAACCCUCAAAAAACUGUCAUUACUCUAAUGGAAAAAAUGAGGCUGUGGGAAAAUAACUUUGUAAACAUGAAUUUGGUCUGUCACUCGUGUACUUCUGGUUCAACAGAGAUCAAAUGUGUGUCUCUAGACUGUCCUGUUUUAUAUCGAAGAAUUCAAACUGCCAGGGAUGUCCAACAAGUUGAUUAUGUCCGACGAUUGUUAACUACCAGUGAUUGGUAGCUUUGAAGAGUUUUGUACAAUAAUUCCAAUAACUGAGUAUUAUGUCAAAGAAUUACAAAAUAAUCUUUGUUAUCUUCUAGUCAUUGCUUCUGAAAACUAUUUUGUGACUUUCAUGUACUGGUGAUUCAUCACUAUUAAUAUAAUGAUAUUACCACUAAGUGUGUUUCAAAAUAUUCAAUAUUUUCAUAUAAUGAUUAUUGUAUAGCUUGCUGGUUGUUUAAUUGUGAUAUGUUGAGUUUCC